AUGUCUCUUCCAACAUCUGCUCGGGCUCUCGUACUCAAGAAAUACGUCGACUACGAUGAAGAUCUUGCAUUCACCAUCUCCUCACAUUUCGCUCUGAAGACCAUACCUAUUCCGAACCCGCUCCCAAACGACUCGCUGCUUGUAAAGACGUUGCUUUUGUCCAACGACCCCGGUCAACGGAUUUGGAUGCAAGAACUUGGCGAGCUGUCUGCGUCCCGUCCGGAAAUGGCUACGGUCAGGCUUGGUGAACCAGAAAUACCUGGAUUCCCUUUGUCUUCUUUACUUGGCAGUCUGGGAAUAUCCGGUGCAACAGCAUAUGUUGCAUUACAUUUCGUAUUAAAACCGAAACCAACUGACACACUCGUUGUAAGUGGUGCUGCAGGUGCCGUCGGAAAUGUUGCUGUUCAGUAUGCCAAAGAAGUUAUGGGUAUAAAGCGUGUUGUCGGUAUCGCAGGUUCCGAAGAGAAAUGCAAAUGGCUAAAGAGCAUCGGGACGGACGAAGCAGUCAAUUACAAGAGCACAACGUUCAAUGAGGACUUCGCUAAGGCAACACCAGACAAGGUUGAUUCAUUCUUCGAUAACGUCGGAGGGACGAUUCUCGACGAGGUAUUGGGACGUAUGAAUCCCAAGGGGAAAAUCGCAGCUGUUGGUGUGACAUCUGUGUACAACAGCAUGGAUCAUCCGAUAAUCCUCAAAAACUACGUGAAGGCUGUUGCGGACAGUGUGACAAUUUAUGGUUACAACCUUGAGGAAUAUCUGGACCACAUCCCUGAGGCGAUAGAUGCUCUGGCUGAUGCGGCCGACUCUGGGAAGUUAAUAAUAGACAGUGCAGAAACUGUUGUGGAUAUUCAUGAUCAUCUGGAGGAGAUACCUCGUAUCUGGGUAGGUAUGUUCACCGGAGCUAACAAAGGAAAGGUGAUUACGAAGUUGGCGGAUUAGAGAAGAGCGGGAGAAGUUGAAUAUUAGAAACGUUAUUGACAGAUUGAGAAGACCACUUAUUUAAUGACCAGAGUUGUUGGCGACCAGGCGAAUGUCUAACGCGUUUUUGUCCAUUGCAGUAUC